CUGCAGCCCUCGCCAAGCGCAUAGGUAGUAGUAGUCGCUCGCUUGCUCCACAUUCAGCGCACGCGCAGUGUUCUCGGGCGGUGUCGGUUCCGGGUAAAGCAGUGAUAGGAGCGGCUGCGGGACGUUCUCGAUCGGAUCGGCCAUGGCGGCAGCGACGGCGACAGCGGCCCCAGGCGGGGCGGGGCCCGUGCCCGUACCGGGAGCUCCGAGGCUGGGAGUGGAGACGGUGAAAGGGCAGGUGUUCGAUGUGGGGCCGCGCUAUACGGAUCUGCAGUACAUCGGCGAGGGGGCUUACGGCAUGGUUUGUUCUGCCUAUGAUCAUGUCAACAAGAUCCGGGCUGCCAUCAAAAAGAUCAGCCCCUUUGAGCACCAGACGUACUGCCAGCGCACACUGCGUGAGAUCAAGAUCCUCUUGCGCUUCAAGCAUGAGAAUGUCAUUGGCAUCAAUGACAUUCUGCGUGCACCUACCAUUGAUCAGAUGCGUGAUGUAUACAUAGUUCAGGAUUUGAUGGAGACAGAUCUCUAUAAGCUGCUGAAAACCCAGCAACUCAGCAAUGAUCAUAUCUGCUACUUCCUCUAUCAGAUUCUCCGAGGGCUGAAAUACAUUCACUCCGCCAACGUGCUUCACCGGGACCUGAAGCCCAGCAAUCUUCUCAUCAACACCACAUGUGACCUGAAGAUCUGUGAUUUUGGCCUGGCCCGGAUUGCUGAUCCAGACCAUGACCACACAGGUUUCUUAACAGAGUAUGUUGCCACUCGCUGGUAUCGCGCUCCUGAAAUCAUGCUUAAUUCAAAGGGCUACACCAAGUCCAUUGAUAUAUGGUCUGUGGGCUGCAUCCUGGCCGAGAUGCUGUCGAACCGACCCAUCUUUCCUGGCAAGCACUACCUGGACCAGCUGAACCACAUCCUGGGUAUUCUGGGUUCUCCAUCUCAAGACGAUCUGAACUGCAUCAUCAACAUGAAGGCUCGAAACUAUCUCCAGUCAUUGCCCCAAAAGCCCAAGGUUCCCUGGUCCAAACUCUUCCCCAAGGCUGAUCCCAAAGCACUGGACCUUCUGGACAAAAUGUUGACGUUUAACCCAAACAGGCGCAUCACGGUGGAGGAGUCACUGGCUCAUUCUUACCUAGAGCAGUACUAUGACCCCUCAGAUGAGCCAGUUGCUGAGGAGCCCUUCACCUUUGAUAUGGAGCUGGAUGAUCUGCCCAAAGAGAGGCUGAAAGAACUGAUUUUUGAGGAGACAGCACGAUUCCAACCUGGCUACCAAGGGCCUUGAGUGGCUACAUGGACCGUUGGUCUCUACUUCAGCAGGAGAUGAUUUGGGACUGUACCCAGCUCCCCUACUGGAUUUUGGAGGGGAGCACAGGAUUCAGGGGGUACUGAUUUGGGGGUGCCCCUGUUGACUUGCUGUACAACUGCGCUUUGCUACGUGGCUGUGAACCCCAGUAACCCAUCUCUGGACCCCUUAAUGUGAUGUAUUGGGGUGAGACCCUGGUGCCCAGGUUGGGGGCAGGGAGGGGCUUCUCCCCUCCCCUACAGGAGGGAAAGGAAAUGUUUUCUCCCCUCCCCCUUUAAUGAAACAGAGGGGGGUAGUGUCAUCUCCUAUUUUGGCAUUUUAUUGUCUUUGUUAAUGAGUUAAUAAACUAAUGCUGAUUUUUAGCAGGGCCAUUUUCUGAUCCCUUGGGCAUUAUUAGCAAAGGGAGUUGAACAUGAAAUUGCGGCUCCUGGAUGCUCUGUCCCAUAAUCCACUGACUCCCACUACUUUUCCAAAACUGGGAGCAGAAUCCAGGAGUUAUGUUGCCCAACUUACCUGAAACACUCCUCAUGAACCCAGGAGUCCUGGUUCCUCCCUGCUCGGAGGGAGGGCAUGUCUGUGCUGUUUUUUGGUCUGCUGAUCAGUGCCAAUUUGGAACACUUGUAAUGCACAGCUGAUCUUAGCUGUCACUAUGGAUAGCAUCUGAUAAGCUGCGUAGGUAAGAUUUUAACCAAGCGGAAAAGUGUGCCCUGCGUUGAAGAGGCACAAAUUCUCCCCCUCCCCUCUUCGGCUUACUGUAUUGUUUGAGACGCUGUGCAGAUGAAAAAGAAAGGCUUUCAACUUUGUCUGCUUCCUCUCACUGGAAACAGCCCAGCUUGUGGUUGGUUGUCUCUCUUUUUUCACCCCCUACUUUGCAUCAUCUGAUAUGGACUGUUGCAUAUGCAGACUCCCGAGAAACCGACUAGCCUCAACAACAGCACAGCACUUUUGUCAUCUUGCUGCUACAAUCCUAACACGGCUGCCCUUUUAAUUUUUUCCCUUCUUGAUUUGUAUUUUUUAAAAAUAGUGUGCACAUUCUUAAUCCUAGUCUUGGCUGCGUGACAGAGAGUCCGAAAGGCACGGAUCCACAAACGUGACUUUAAGGGAGGGAAAGGCUGGGAAGAUGACGGGCGGUCAUAUCUGUGCGUCCUGAGGGGACAGCCCAUUUGCCCCGUAACAACCCAACUGUGUGGGUGGAGGGGGUGUUUCAGAUCUGUGAGCGCUCAGAAGAGCUGGUGAACUAGACUAGUCGGCAGUGAGAAGGAAACCACCUGAGCUGCAAGUGAUUCCCUCCCCCCACUCCAGUGGACUAACUUUUUGAUGAUGUCCUUCCAUUUCCAUGUGCCCCAUUUUUUUGGGUGCUGAUUUGGAUGAGUGAGACUGGCGGGAUCUCUGGGUUCUCAACGAAGGAAGUUCUUGAAGUAGAAAAACUGGAAUGUGGGAUGUUCUGGUUUUUUUAAUCUGGUUAAGGGAGGAGGAAGCUUCUCUGAGGUAACAUUGCUUGUUUGUCUAAAAUCUAACCAUGAUAACAUGCAAUGGGCUUCCUGCCUAGGGGUGGACAAAAUAUUUUGAGGAAACUUGGAUUUGAAGGGAAUUAAUACCUCCCCAUCCCCUUCUUCAAAUUGUAUAAAGACCCUGAAAUAAAUCAUUCCUUUAUUC